CAUGUCGGCUUUUUUUAUUGUAUUAAAAAUAAGGGUGGCAGCAGAGGAAUGUGUUUGUAAAUUCGCCGGUUUUUAGCGAGUUUUAAAUUUAUUCUCUUUAAAUGAAUGAGUUUUUACAUAAAUUAUAAUUUGUAAAUUUUGGAUUAUCUAAAUACUUUGUUUUUUAUACAGGAAGCUUCAAGUUUGUAAGACCAAAAUGAAUACUGAAGUAAAACGACCCAUCAAACCGAACAUGAAAUAUGAACAUUUGGAAGAUUUCUGUCCAGGUCCCUUAGAUAAUUACAGGUCAAAAGCUUCUUUUAAUUGGAAAGAAAUGAAGUUGCUAUUCAUUGGUAGAGAUAUGAUUGAGUUUCAGAACAGAGUAUGGAAGACGUUAGAAGCCGAUCCACUUUUUCAUCAGGUACCCACAGCUGAAUUAACACGCCAGGAAGCUAGGAAACUUUGUUUUCAGAGAAUGAAACGCAUCAAGGAAUACAAAUUCUUUUCUGAUGAAGAAUUUAGAGAAAAUCCGUUAAUUGCUUUAAAUCUCUACAUAUGUGUAGGCAUGAUAGAUUGGUCACUUGCUUUAAAACUUCUGCUUGGUUUAGAGGUAGGGUUUGCCACUUAUCUCCCUUAUUUUUACUGUGUAUCCCUUUUCUUAAUUUAAUAUUCAUAGUAAAUUUUAGAUAAUU